AUGUCAACACGCCCGCCUGCUUCAGGAGUGGGCACGUCUGCUUCUGGAGCUUGGACUGGCAGAAGUCACAUUUCGACGUUCAUCCGAUGCCUUCAUCUUCUAGAUCUGGAUGUCCUUGAUGAUUGGCCAGGCAUCACUGUUCAGACGUUUUCCACCCGGUCCGCUACCCAGAAUCUUCAGCAACGUGUCAGGGCGGUUGAAUGGAGCCUCUUCAGGCUGUUCGAGUUGUAUGAUCCACAGCUCUCGCGCGAUAAACUUCGUCCAUUUUUCCCUCCACAAAGCCAUCUCCAGUCGCAGAACCUACGCGCUGCUUUGCUGCGAGUUCUGACCGACGCCAAAAAGUCGGGCAUAUUCAGCAGAGAUGUUGUUCUGCGGAAGACAACCCUCGAUGAGUGCAAGGGAGAAAAAUUCGAGGAGCUCUUGUCGACCUUUGCCAUGGUGGUCCUGCGGAAGCACUUACAGAAUCACAGGGAUGGCGUCACCAGCGUGGAAGAGACCGACGACCGUACCUGUCUCCCUCUCAUCAUUGCGCAUCGAGUGACUUUAGGAGCGCAACUAGACCAAAGGCGUGGCCUUGUCGCCAAGCUAGAUGAACAUGAACGACACAUAUCAGCAAGAAAAGAACGACUGGCGGACCUCAAAGGCCGACUUCAACGUCAUCAGGCUACUGAUAGUCGCAUACAUGAUGAUAUUGAGCGCCUUUUGAGAGACGCAUGGACAGCUGACAGUAGAUGGGUUACUGCUUUACUGAGAGGCUCUGUACCAGAAACGAGUUCCCAGGCUAGUCACAGCAGUGCUGAAGUCGCCCUCCACAAUCUUCAGAGUCUUGCCAGCAGUCAAGAAGAGCGACUGAAGGAGUUGCAGGCCUUCAAGAAGACGUUGCCAUCGAUUCAGUCAAGAGUCAAGUCUCCACCCAUCCCGAACCCACCUGCACGCAUUCUCCCUCGUUUCGAGCGGCACGGGGCGCUACAAGCGUCUAUAGUCUCCGAAGACACUCGACGCGGCUCAAGGAGUACAACACAAAAACUCCACGACGAUCUUUUGCAACGCUUCAGGAAUGAGAUGGCAACCAACGUAAUGCGCCGAUCUGAUGACAGACCCCAGAAGCGCACAAGCUCACCGUCUCCGUUGGGGAAAGGGAGUACACAUGGCCCGAAGACAACGACGCUUGAGGAGAAUUUGACCGAGAACGAAGCCAGACAUUUGGCAAAUCCUCCGACGAGGCCUUUUGCACAACAGGAAUCGAGUAGUGCAUCCUAUGUCGAGAGAUCGCACCUUCCAAUGAGCGACGAAAUCAGUGUGCGACCAACACCAGUAGUGCAGAUUACCGACUCUGGCGAGCCUUCUGAGUGCUCGUGGCUGGCUUCAAGCCCGCCUAUACCAGAUCACUCAUCCGAGACUCCGCCUCCCGUCUCGCAUGUACGCGAGGCCGAGGCAUCGGACGGCUUGUCACCAAUCGAGACACCGAUCCCCAAGCAGCGCUUCACCUUACAAGAACGUACCCGAAUGUCACUAGCUGGCGCACUUCGGGACAUCGAGAACGUGGCGAUCAGUCCUGUCAACAAGAUUGCUGAAGUGGACGAGCACGAAGCCGAGGCUCAGCCUACACUGUCUGGCGUAGUUGAUAAUUCUGGAAAUCUGUUGGAACGCACGAGGAAGUCAAUGUCCCUCCUGACCACCAUCUCCGAUCUCAAGUCCGACAGACGCAGGUCCAAAGGCUCCCGAGUGUCACAGCUCUAUCCGGUCGAUCCCUUCGAGACACCUCGCCGGACGAGUGCGCAAUGGAGGACGCAAACGCCAGGAUCCAACGGCUCCACGCCCAGAGAAAAGCUUUUCGAUGAAAACGUCGAAUACUCUUCCGUCUUCAAGUCACGACCGAAGAUCGCGCAGUCGCCUAUGAUGUCUCCGGAUCGCAGUGUGCUCGAAGAUGACGGUAUUCUAGCAAUGAGAGCAGGUCAUCUCAGUCUCAGUGAUGAAGAUGCGAGCGACUCCAGUCGCUGA